AUGGGCAACAACCCCUCCUCGUCGUCAAAGCCCGGCACGCCUGUCUCAUCCGCCGCAGCGUCGCAGGAUUCUCCCAAGCACCAUCACCAUCACAAAAGGGAGUCCAAACAUAUCAUCCCGCCACGCUCCGCCGAACGAGUCGCCGUCCCGCCUGAGCCCUCUCUUACUCAAGCCCAAGGUUCCACGACUACCAAGGGACCCAAGCCCCUCCAGGCCAUUCCCAUCUCCAACUUCACCACCGGCUCUCCCUCGUCGAGCUCGAGUACCUCCGUUCCGCAACCGAAGCCCCCGGAAAACAAGCACAUCAUCCGCGAUGAGCCCAGCAAGCCCGUAGACGUCCCCAGCGCCCCGACCGAAUCCUCCUCCCUCAGGUCGCAUUACUCCGCCCACAUGAUUGAACCAGCCUUGGUCUCCAACAACAGUGUGAACGACAUGUCGUACCUCACCCGCCCUCCUCGUCUGCCUCUCCCGAUCGAAGAGGAGAUCCACACCCCCGGAUCGCCCAUCAUUGCCCCGGCAGACGCCAGCGAGGCGUCCGUCACAGAGGUGGAAACACUCGAUUCGGAUGGCAUGACGAGGAAGUCGUCGGCUCUGAGUACGACCACUGUCGAUGAAGAGGAUGGCGAGGAGUUGAUUGUGGAUAAGACCCGGCCCACCGUGCCGACUCGUCUUGAAUGGCGCAGAGGAGGAGGGAAGAUCUAUGUCACAGGAACCAUCUUCCAAUGGAACCGUAAACAAAGAUUGCAUCCCGUGGACGGCCAGCCUGGUGUGUUUGCGGCGACAGUACACAUUCUUCCGGGAACACAUCAUGUUAGGUUCUUGGUGGACGGAAUCAUGCAGACCUCGCCGGACUUGCCAACAACUGUGGACUUUGGCAACAACCUGGUCAAUUUCAUCGAAGUCAGCGCUGACGACCUCCCCGCGAAGGCUCCCGUUGUGCCAGGCCCAGUCCCAGCGCCCGGCACGGUUGCUGAGGAUGCGGGCGCUCCCAAGGCCUCACAGUCGCAGGGUGAUGAGCAGCCGAAGGCACCGAAGGGCAAGGCAGUGCCUUCACCCAGUCAAUAUUUCCACCAAAUACCCAAGUACUUGGUGGAUUUCGACCAGCCUGAAGACUCCCCGGCCUAUCAAUACGCGGUGACAGCUAUUGAAAAGCUACCGACACCCCCUAGUCUUCCAGGUUUCCUAGGCAAGCCGAUAUUGAACGCCGCAGUCCUCAUGAAGGACGACAACAGCGUGCUCAACAUGCCCAACCACACCGUUCUCAACCACUUGGCCACGAGUAGCAUCAAGAACAACAUCUUGGCUGUGUCGGCUACAACGCGUUACAAGAACAAGUAUGUGACGACAAUCAUCUACAAGCCCACGACAACCGAUGAAUAG